AUGAUGCCUCCAUUUGAGAAACCACAGCACCCCAAGUCCUUCAAGCAGAGAAAAAGCUUUGCCACGAGAAAACAGGAGGUCGCGGGGAUCCGAACAAAGUUUCCAACUAAAAUUCCGGUGAUAAUUGAAAGGUAUCAACGGGAGAAGUACUUGCCGCCUCUUGAUAAAACGAAAUUCCUGGUCCCCCAAGAACUUUCCAUGACUCAGUUUGUCACCAUUAUAAGAAAUCGUAUGUCUCUGAUGCAGAGUCAAGCGUUCUACCUGCUCAUCAAUAAUAGUGGCCUGGCCAGCAUGUCUCUUACCAUGGCGCAAGUCUACAAGGACCAUAAAGAUGACGAUGGCUUUCUCUACAUGACCUAUGCUUCUCAAGAAAUGUUUGGUAAUUGUGUUGAAAUCCAUGAGGAGUCAUUGCCAAUUGCUGGAAAUCUUUGAGAAGACAAAUUGCACGAUUGGAUAAUGUGAGGCCUCGGCUUUUGGCAGGCCCAAUAACUGAACUUCGUGUAUAGAUAUAAAAUGCAAU